AUGGGUGGAACACAGAGCUACUUAUCUUCGGAAGCGGCGCUCACCGCUUUGGUUGUUGCUGGAGCUAUCGGUAUUGGAUAUUCCCAAAUGGGCGCGACUUCUGGAGCCACCCCCAACACGCCUGCUGUCAUUGCUACAGAAGGCCAAGCAACGGCGUCAAAGAAGGGAAAGAAGAAGAAGCAGUCAAAAGCUGGUCUUUCUGCUGCUGGCGAUAUCUCGGAGGCACUUUCUGCCAGCAAAUCCGAGUCCAAAGUACCAUCACCUCCCCUUCAACGCGUCGCAGCUUCUCAAGAGGUUAUACCUGGUCAAUUCGACCCUACUCCAACACAAACGCCUGUCCAGGAUCAGUCUGAACCGUCUGCUAAACCCAAGUCCAAGAAAUCCAAGAAAAAGGCCAAAGGAAAGGCCCAGGCUGACAGUACAGCGGAUUCGAAGAAUGCUCAACCAAUAUCAUCGUCAAUCGAUUAUCUCUCUGAAACGUCGGCUCAGGCAACCCCUCCCAAGACCGCGAAACGACAAACAUCAACGCAACAAUCUAAAAAACAGUCUCCUCCCGCGUCAUCAUCUUCCCAGCUCACUCGACCCUCUCAACAAUCGACGGCGUCAAUUGAGACAGAUGGGUCCUGGACGCGUGUUGGUCCGCCCCGGCGCGGGCCCAAGGCUACCGACGCUGAUAGUAGCCAACUCUCCGCAGAAGCUGACCCCACAACUAGCGAUGCGGGGAUAACGCCUUCUGUCACCGGUAAUUCUUCGCCAGUAGCAGACCGAAGGGCGAGCAGCAGCACCGAAGACGAAACUUUCCUCUUAAACUCAAAUGUGUCUUCCCGAGGCUCUGGCGAAAACCGAAGGACAUUGGCCGAAAAAUUACUACCGAAACCUAGGAAGACAGGUGUCGACGAGUUGCGUUUAUUUUAUUCUUGGUAG